UUGAAUCCUAUCCAAAGCAAACGAUCUCUGAGAGGUCCAGAGCCUCCAGACACAACCGCUUCCCUUAUCCACCAUUUCCUCUCAUCACUCGCAAAACAAGAAAGAAUGUCGGUUUCGGCUAUUUUUGGUUCCAAAAUGGCGGUGCUGCCAAGCUUUUCCUGCUCCGUAGCUUCUGGGUUGGGCCGUGGAGCCGCGUUCAAAACUGCCCCGAGAGUGGGCGGCGGACUGGUAAUAGAGUGCUCGUCGAGGCCGACGAAGAAGGCGACGGCGCACCACAUGAAGACUCGGCCGCGCAAGACUCAGCCUUGGGACGUCCGCCGCAAGCCCACCGUUUACCCUCCUCUCCCUCCCCUCCCUCCCGAGUGGACUCUCGUCGCCGACGACGCCGUCCCUCCUCCUCCUCCUCAGCCGCUCGAAACCGAGUAAUUCUCCGUUUAUGUUAUCGCCUUACUUAUCUUAUGUUUUUUUGCCGAGUUCUGCUCAAGAUUUUCGUUGGACGAUUCGUUAGUGUGUCUUCUUGUAUGCGCUUCUGUUCUGCCUUGUUUACGGCGGAUAAACGAAUGUAAUUGACUGCCUUUCAGCGAAGGUUCCAGAGCGCUUGUAUUAUUUUGUCA